UUCAGUAUAUUUUCUACCAUUGACCAAGCCGUACGAAAUUUCAAAAAAAAAUUCCAAAAUUAAAAUCCAAAAUAAAAACGAAAUUUAUACGAGGAAAUAGUUUUCGGUAGAAAGGUAGAAAAUAGUAAAUUAUUUUGAAAUUUCAAAAGCGAUAAAGCUGCAACCUAUCCAAUGAUUUCGGACUUGAGCUUAGAUUUGAUCAUGGCGGACUACUCCAAAUAUGUGGUCAUAUUGACAGAGCAACUGGGACUAGCCCAAGGGACCUUUAACGGACUGCGUCCUUCGCAGAAGGCUGUGAUGUAUGUGGGAGCUGCCACUGUGGCAUGUGUGAUGCUGGGACUAACUGUCAAGUCGCUGCGCGGACGCAAGCGCAAGGAGCCGAUGCAGCGCCGUUCCAUCGAUCUCCUGGAUGAAGCUGAUGGUCUGAUGACAGGAAUCGGCGGUGGUUCCAUCGGGGACUCAAAGGAUUCAAAGCCGUCUUCAGGCGAAUAGAUCCAAUCACGACAUCAAUAAUCGGUUCACAAUCGAUCAUCGAUAGCUUUCAAUCGAUAAUCUACCAUCACCAAUCGAUAAUCGACAGCUGUUAAUCGAUAAUCGAUCAAAAUAACAUUAGAAAUAACAUUAACACACGCACACAUGCCGCAGCACAGUACAACACAGCACAACUCACAGAAAUUAACAUCACUGCACGGCCCUCCCCAAAAUAAUUUGUAUCUCACCUUUUAUUUAUACUAUAUACAUAUAUACCCCACAUAUAUAUGUAUAUAUAUAUAGUUAUUGUUAAAUGAGUUACUCGAGUUGUCAAAUAUAUUUUAUAAUUUUAUGAUGGCCGCUCGAGAUAGUGGUCUUUCGUGAAA